AUGACUACCUCGGAGGGAGUGACGUAUUUUGACACAGCCCAUCCCAGAGCGCCUACUCAUUUGGCUCGGGGUUUAUUGAUGAAAACUUGCCCUUCUCUAUUUGAUCUCUGCAUUUGUGCAGUUUUAUCUGAAAAAUUCUCGCCGCCACCGUAUGAAGAAUGUGCUUUAGGAUAUCUGAAAAUCCGAGAUGAAGAUGAUAGUGAAAGUUAGCACAGCGCUUGCAGCUCUUCCUCUAGCUUCAUCCAGAAACUCUAGAAUGCUCAAGAUAUCGUCGACCUCGUCCUCAGACUAUUCCAAUUUAUUCUUCCAUUCAAACAGAUGCAUUGAACAUUUGAAUUCGAUUUGGGUGCAAAUACGAGGCUAUAGGAUUUAUGUAGGAGUUUUAGAGACAAUGUUAGUUGUUGUUUGUUUUUUUUUUUCAAAAAUGUCUCGAACUUUGUUUGACAUGUUUUAUAUAAUACGUGGUUCCUGUAUUUUUAUUUAAAUAAAUAUAUCUUCCUCUCUCAUCGCGCAUUUUGUGCAAUAUUCCGCUUGAUUUUACUCCAAUUGCGAUUGAAUAUGACUACAGUGUAUGGGAUAUGUAUGAAACUUAAAAAAGUAACCAGAUUCCCCCAAAUAAUAUUCUUCACUUACGUAGUUCACAAUGUUAUCAAGUUCUUUUGGAGUGUUACGCUAUCGAGUUCUUUUAGAAUUUUUAUGAGAAGUUGAUAAGCGACUAGAUUCACUUAGCUUGCAUACGUUUGUGAACUUUAUUGUUCAUUUAUUCAGUCGUUCAACUAUUAUUCAAUUACUAAAUGGAGUCUCACGUCAAUUUUCUGUCUCCCUGUCUGACCGUCUGUACGAACCAAAUUGUAUAGAAAACUACUUAAUCUAUCAACUUGAAAUUUAAACACAUUAUACACACUAUUGUUGGGAUCAUUUGUUUUACCGCGAUAUCCCAGCGGUUUCGAAGAUGUGUUUUUUUUUAUUUCCCCGUCCGUCGUGUUGUAUUGCUCAGCUCGAUGCUCCUGUUAUAGAAAACUGAAUGCACAUAUUUGUGAGAAUAUUAAAGAGACUAUUUGUGUUAUGUGCAAUUUUAUCUCAACCCUUAUCAGAAUGUCUACCUCACACAUUAGUCGGAGACUGUUUUCACCUUUAAAACAAAUAUUUAAAAAGUUUAGAAUGCUCUAACGGCUCCAGCUAGUGCCUAAUAAUGUAAAUUGGCAAAUUCUUAUUUAGAUAUACGUUUUUUGUUAUUUAAAUGAUUAAUUAUACUGUUUUUGGCUUCUCAAAAUGACAUGGUGUACCUGAAGUCGGCAAUGUAAAUCUAGUCUGACACAAAUUUUUCAGAUGAAUUUCCUUACAAGAUUUUUGUUCAUAAAGAAACAAAAACAGCCGAUUGUUCUAAAUCAUAUUUCUACAUAGCGAUGAGUUUAUUAACUCGUCCGUGUCAAUGAUUUCACUUGCUACCUACUAACUGAACAAGCGCCUCCUCUCUAGGAUUAAAAAAAAUAAUACUGAGCAUUUUAUGAACAAUAAAUCAACACAAUGGAG